AUGUCAACUCCGAAAACAAUCAUCAUCCUGAGUGGAAAACGUAAAUCAGGCAAGGAUUUUGUUGCAAGUUUACUGCAAGAAAAACUGGAUCCAAAUAGAUGUGCCAUACUCAGAUUAUCAUAUCCUCUGAAAAGUCAAUAUUCCAAGGAUCACGGAUUGGAUCUGGAAAAAUUAUUAGAUGCCAGUGAUUUUAAGGAGCUGUACAGGGCUGACAUGAUACGUUGGGGAGAGGAAAAGAGAAACCAAGACCCCAUGUAUUUCAUUAGAGCAAUUUCAUCAGAACCAGGAGCGGAAAAACCCAUCUGGGUGGUCAGUGAUGCCAGGAGGAGGUCCGACAUGGACUGCCUCCAUCAACUUUUCCCAAAUAUUAUCCUAUCUCUCCGAAUUCAUGCUGAAGAGAUUGUGAGGAGAGAGAGAGGAUGGCAGUUUGUUCAUGGAGUAGAUGACGCAGAAUCCGAAUGUGGAUUGGACGGUUACAACUCAUUCGACCACCAUCUUGAAAACGACGGUGACGUCAACAAGUUGAAUGACGUCAUAGAUAACAUUUUAAGAAGUCAUCAUUUGCUGAGUUGA